GUAACCACUACAAAAACACAUUAAAAACUCGACGCAAACAAAUGAAUUCCCAAAACAAACACCAGACAACACAACAUAAGACACACAAUAAAAACGCAACAAAAACAAAUUCCACGGAAACAUAAUUAAAAUACUAAAAUAAUGAACGACAAAAAAGAUAGCAUAGGCCCUAUUGAAAACUUCACAGAUGACUUGAUCAUCCACCCACAGUAUGAUGAAAAGUUUCUUCAGGAACCAUCAAAAGUUGAAGACACAAUACAGUUUCUUGAAAGCAUGCUUAAUAGCAACAAAACGGAGGAUAUUAAGAAGACGCAAAAGAAGACGGAAAUAAAGCCGGACGUCUCUGAUAGUGUCACGGAUAGCAACUUUAUAAUUUUUACACGUUUGCAGAAUGAUCGAUUUUCGUUAAAGAGAAAGACAAAGAUUAAGCUCGAUAUUAAUAUGAAUCAGUUCACAUUCAUGCGGCAAAUUGAUAAAAGCGUCCAAGAACGCAUGCAAGCGCGCAUCGAGCGUGAAAGAGUUGCCAACAAUUUCCGCAGGUUGGGCAACUCCGCCUAUCGCAAAGCACAGUUCAGCACUGCGAUCGAAUUAUACAACCAUGGCUUGGAUUAUGUAAAUGAUACUCCUGUUCUGUACCUAAAUCGUGCCUGUUGCUAUAUUAGACUUCGCGACUUUAAGCGCGCCAUUAUAGAUUGUGAUUAUAUUCUGCAUAAAUUCGAUCCGAAACAUAUACGAGCUUGGCUCUAUCGGGCUCUUUCCUUUAAACGUCUUCAUGUAGAGAACAGUUUUAAUGAAUGCAUAUCAGAAGUAAAGCGUCUGAAUUCCAGGGAUAUUGCAUUUAUUGAUGGGUUUUUGGAAAGGAUGCGCUCUGCACCCUAAAAGCGCUCAAAAAAUUAUGUGUAAAUUUCAAUUGCAAACCUUUUGGCAU